UCCCCGCGUUGAGGCAGCCAUUGCAGUGUCCCGGGAGUUCGGCUGGAGGUCGGAACUAAAGGAAAGAACAUAACCAUGGCCGGACGCAGAGCAGCACUCAAAGCAAUCGACUGGAUGGCCUUUGCCGAGAGGGUCCCACCAAACCAAAAGGCCAUGUUCAAUGCCCUCAAGACUCGCAGUGACACGGUCGCUGGAAAGUUAGCCUCCCUCCCAGAGAAGACUCCAGUCAUUGACUGGGCCUUCUACCGCACUGCAGUUCAGAAAGCCGGGAUGGUUGAUGAGUUUGAGAAGAAGUUUAACGCCACCACUAUCCCUGAGCCAAAGGACACCCAGACUGAGAAGAUUAAUGCACAGGAACAGGAGUCUGUUAAGCAAGCUGCAACCUACAUCCAGGAAUCCAAGACCCGGGUGUCUCAGUACGAAAAGGAGUUGGAGAGGUACAGAAACAUGAUACCUUUUGAUCAGAUGACCUUUGAUGAUCUCCAUGAAGCUUUCCCUGAAACCAGGCUGGACAAAGAGAAGCAUGUAUACUGGCCACACAAGCCAAUCAGUGAACUGUAAAGUGUUUGACCACUUAACUUUCCUUCUGGUUAAUAAAAUAGUUAUU